AUGGAUCCUCGUUACCAACAUCACCCAAGUCCACCUUUGAGCCCCGAUGAGCCCUCCUUUUUCAACAUCCCGAAUCUCUCAGGUUUCACAGCAUUCCAUAAGGUACUGCUUUUAGGUCUGGCCACUUUAUUCAUUGUCAUCAAUCUCUCAUUCUUCCGCCUAGCCACCAUCCUCUCCCCAGAAAACAGGAAAUCCACCUCGCAGAACCGUUCGGCGGCGAUCACAAGCCACUCAGCGCACCUUCUCAUUGUCCUCGGAUCCGGAGGUCACACAGCUGAAAUGCUUAAUAUCCUCUCGACGUCUCUACCAUAUCUCCAAGCGCCAUUCAAUUUCACUCAUCGAACAUAUGUAGUCAGCUCCGGGGACUCCUUCUCCGCUCAGAAAGCGCAUCGGUUCGAGUCUUCUCUCUCCGAUAAUAUGGAUUCCGACCCUACUACCGCCACUACCUACGACGUUGUGACCGUCCACCGCGCCCGAAAGGUUCACCAAUCACUACUGACCGCCCCAGUCAGCUCGCUGAGGUGUCUGUGGGACUGCAUCCGAAUUUUGAGGGGAUCUCAUCCAGAUCUCCAGACCACCAAGUCUGCCAGGGGAUGUCCAGAUCUGAUUCUCACCAACGGACCGGGGACAGGCGUCGUCGUGAUCAUAGCAUCAAUAGUCCUACUUUUCUUCGGGCUCGGUGGGGACUCAUCCGACAACGACACCCAAGCAACGCCUAAAGGCGCGGCCAAAACCAGCCAAAUGCGCAGCAUCUAUAUUGAGAGCUGGGCGCGAGUGCAAACGUUGAGUUUAAGUGGUCGGCUGUUAAAGCCCCUGGUAAGCCGCUUUAUCGUGCAGUGGCCGCAACUGGUAGAGAAAGAAGGGCGGAGGGUCGAAUACAUUGGGCCGUUGGUCACAUAG